AUGGAUGACCUCUGCUCCCUCAGCGGACUGGACCCUCUGUGGGACUGGAACCUGACAUGGUACACCCCUCACCCGGACCUGACCCAGUGUUUCCAGCACACGGUGCUGGUUUGGCUCCCCUGCCUCUACCUCUGGCUUGGCGCCCCUUUCUACCUCGUCUACCGCCGGUUCCGGGACCACGGCCGAAUAUCCGUCUCCGCACUCUGUGGUGCCAAGACGGCUCUGGGUUUGUGUCUGGCCUCGUGUGGCUUGGUGGAGUUACUCUACCUGCUCGUGAAAAGGAGCAGAGACAUUGAGCAUCACAUGAUCUUCCUCCUUGGUCCCAGUAUCCGCACUCUCACCAUGGUGCUGGCUGUGUGCAUAGUCCAUGUGGAGAGGAUGAAGGGCUGCCGAUCUUCGGCCUUCCUCUUCCUCUUCUGGGCACUGGCGUUUGUGUGCUCCCUCGUCCCUCUCAGAGGCCACGUCCAGGCCAUCGCUGAGCAGGGUUUCUCUGGAGACGCCCCGCGAUUUCUGGCCUUCUUCACCUGCUUCUCACUACAGCUGGCUCAGCUCGUGCUGAGCUGUUUCGCUGAUCAGCGUCCCGCCACUCUGAGACCAGCCUGCGUGAAGAACCCAUGUCCCGUGGAAGACGCCUCCUUCCUGUCUAAGAUAUUAUUCUGGUGGUUUAGUGGCCUGGUCACACAGGGAUUCCGCUCACCAUUGAAGGCUGAAGAUCUCUGGUCUCUGCGGGAAGAGGACACCUCGGAGAAGAUCAUUCGUGAUCUGGUGAGGGAGUGGACCACACGUGGUGUCAACCCUCAGCAGCAGGACAAAUGUGAGAGCCCCCCCCGAGCUCUCAGCUACAGGAUCACCGAGCAGACCCAGCUGCUGCUGAAACUGCGUCAGGAGCAGGGAUCCGGCCUCCUCCUGCUCCGGACGCUGGCCAAGACCUUCGGGCCAUGCUUCCUGACGGGAACCCUGUGCCUGAUCGUCCAGGACGCCUUCAUGUUCUCCAUCCCGCAGGUGCUGAGUCUGCUGCUGGGCUUCGUGAGAGACGAGGACGCCCCCUUGUGGAAGGGCCACCUCUUUGCAGUUACCCUGUUCCUGCUCUCCUGUCUGCAGUCCCUGUUUAAUCACCAGUACAUGUACACCUGCUUUACUGUGGGUAUGAGGGUCAAAACUGCCAUCAUGGGUCUCAUCUACAGAAAGACUCUGAUUAUCAACAGCGCCGCCCGCAGGGCAUGCACAGUAGGGGAGAUCGUGAACCUGGUGUCUGCGGACACUCAGAAGCUCAUGGACUUUGUGGUGUAUUUCAACGCCGUCUGGCUGGCGCCCAUUGAGAUCGGCCUGUGCCUUUUCUUCCUGUGGCAGCGCUUAGGCCCGUCGGCAUUGGCCGGCAUCGCCACGGUGAUUCUCAUCUUCCCCCUGAACGGCCUCAUUGCCAAGAUGCGGAGCAAGCUCCAGGAGGUCCAGAUGAAGUACAUGGAUGGACGGAUAAAGCUGAUGAACGAGAUCCUGAAUGGGAUAAAGAUCCUGAAGUUCUAUGCCUGGGAGAAAGCAUUCCAGGAGAAGGUUCUGGCCUACAGGGAAGAGGAGCUCAAAGCCCUGAAGAAGUCUCAGAUCCUUUAUUCCAUAUCCAUCGCGUCCUUCAACUCCUCGACUUUCCUGAUCGCGUUCGCCAUGUUCGGUGUGUACGUGCUGACCGACGAGAAGAACGUCCUGGAUGCUCAAAAGGUGUUCGUCUCCAUGGCGCUCAUCAACAUCCUGAAGACGCCGCUGAGUCAGCUUCCAUUCGCCAUGAGCUCCACCAUGCAGGCCAUCGUGUCUCUCAGGCGUCUCGGGAAGUUCCUCCAGCAGGACGAGCUGAGGCCAGACUGCGUGGUGAGGGAGCCCUACAGCCCUGACGGCACCAGCGUUGUAAUCAAGAACGGCACUUUCAGCUGGUCCAGAGACGGGCCUCCAUGCCUAAAGAGAGUCAACGUGGAAGUGCCACACGGGUCUGUGGUUGCGGUGGUGGGUCACGUGGGCAGUGGGAAGUCCUCCUUGCUCUCUGCCAUGCUGGGUGAGACAGAGAAGAGGAGCGGGCACGUCACCGUGAAGGGGUCGGUGGCGUACGUGCCCCAGCAGGCUUGGAUCCAGAACACCACCCUGCGGGAGAACAUUGUGUUUGGACAGGAGAGGAGAGAGAGCUGGUACCACAGAGUGCUGGAGGCAUGUGCCCUCCUGCCAGACCUGGACGUUCUGCCCGGAGGAGACGCCACGGAGAUCGGGGAGAAGGGGCUAAACCUGUCAGGAGGGCAGAAACAGAGAGUGAGCUUAGCACGGGCUGUGUACCGGACGGCUGACGUCUACCUGUUGGAUGACCCCCUGUCCGCCGUGGAUCCACACGUGGGUCAGCACAUCUUCCACAAAGUCAUUGGCCCUAAAGGAAUCCUUAGAGACAAGACUCGCGUGCUGGUGACCCACGCACUGAGCUUCCUGCCGCAGGUCGACCUCAUCCUGGUCAUGGUGGACGGAGAGAUCACGGAGACGGGCUCGUACGCCGAGCUGCUGGGCCGACAGGGAGCGUUCGCCGACUUCGUUAAAACAUUCGCUGGCAACGAACGCAGAGAAAGCAUCACAUUCCGAGGGACCAGGAAGUCAGUCUCUCGGCUUAGCAUGACGGACUUCUCGAUUGAUCUGUCUCGAGAGCAGCUUAUCAGCGGAGACAUGGUCGGUGCCAGCAUCCCGACUGUGGAGACCCUAGCGGACUCCGAGCAGAACCAGGACCCAGAGGAGCUGGGCAAACUGACCGAGGCCGACGAGGCCCGUACCGGCAGGGUGAAGCUGGAUAUGUAUGUGGAGUAUUUCAGGACCAUAGGCCCCGCCCUCAUCGUCCCAAUCAUCUUCCUCUACGCCUUCCAGCAGGCUGCCUCUCUCGGCUACAACUAUUGGCUGAGGCUGUGGGCCGACGACCCCGUUGUCAACGGCACUCAGACGGACGCCGAUGCAAAGCUGGCCGUGUUCUGCGCGUUGGGCUUCGCGCAAGGGAGUGCCAUUUUCGGGACAACGGUGGCCAUCUCGCUGGGCGGCAUCAUGGCAUCAAGGCACCUCCACCUGGACCUCCUCAACAAUGUGCUGCGCUCCCCCAUGCAGUUCUUUGAGAGGACGCCCAGCGGGAACCUGCUCAACUGCUUCUCCAAAGAGGUAGAUGCCAUCGACUGCAUGAUCCCCGAGGGAUUCAAGAUGAUGCUGGGAUACGUCUUCAAGAUGCUGGAGGUGGCCACCAUCGUGCUGAUGGCGAGUCCCCUCGCUGGAUUCGUCAUACUGCCCCUUACUCUGUUCUACACCUUCAUCCAGAGCUUCUACGUGGCGACAUCCUGCCAGCUCCGGCGUCUGGAGUCGGUGAGUCGGUCGCCCAUUUACACGCACUUUAACGAGACGGUGCAGGGAGCCAGCGUGAUCCGGGCAUUCCGAGUGCAGCCCAGGUUCAUCCUGCAGGCCAACAGCCGGGUGGACCAUAACCAGACCGCCUACUUCCCCAGAUUUGUGGCCACCAGGUGGCUGGCUGUGAACCUGGAGUUCCUGGGUAAUGUGCUGGUCCUUGCAGCUGCCAUCUUCUCCGUGACGGGCCGAGCAACACUAAGUCCGGGCAUCGUGGGUCUGGCUGUGUCGCACUCUCUGCAAGUGACAGGAAUCCUGAGCUGGAUUGUGCGCGCGUGGACCGAUGUGGAAAACAACAUCGUGUCCGUGGAGAGGGUGAAGGAGUACUCAGAAACACCCAAAGAGGCAGCCUGGACAACAGAGAACAGGCCCCUCCCUUCGGCCUGGCCGCAAACCGGCACUAUCGAAUUCCAGGAAUACGGACUUCAGUAUCGGAAAGGUCUAGACUGGGCCUUGAAGGAAAUCACGCUGAGUGUCCAAGAGAGGGAGAAGGUUGGGAUAGUGGGGAGAACAGGGGCAGGAAAGUCUUCGCUUGCACUGGGAAUUUUCCGCAUCCUUGAGGCAGCAAAGGGAAAGAUUUCCAUCGACGGAAUUGACAUUGCGGAGGUCGGCCUGCAGGAUCUGCGGUCUCGCGUCACCAUCAUCCCGCAGGACCCGGUCCUGUUCUCCGGGUCUCUGCGCAUGAGCCUGGACCCCUUCGACAGCUACUCCGAUGAGGAGGUGUGGAGGGCUCUGGAGCUCGCGCACCUCAAGAGCUUCGUGUCGGGUCUGCCGGACAAACUGCAGCACGAGUGUUCCGAGGGAGGAGAGAACCUCAGUUUGGGGCAGAGGCAGCUGGUUUGCCUGGCUCGAGCUCUCCUCAGGAAGACCAAGGUUCUGGUUCUGGAUGAGGCCACGGCCGCCGUGGACCUGGAGACCGACAACCUGAUCCAGUCCACCAUCCGCACUCAGUUUGAGGAGUGUACAGUACUGACCAUCGCUCAUCGCCUCAACACCAUCAUGGACUACACCAGAGUUAUAGUAAUGGACCGAGGUUACAUUACAGAGAUGGACUCUCCAGGAAACUUGAUCACAAAGCGAGGCCACUUCUACCGGAUGUGUGUGGAGGCUGGUCUGGUGUGACUGCCAGAGACCACCACCACCAUCAGUCAUCAUCAUUUCGGAUUUAACAUAAGUUGAUGAGUUUGAAAUGUAGAAUGCAGAAUAUCAAAGACCUUCCUGUGUGCAAACAUGCCAGACUUCCUGUUAUAAGGAACACCAAACAUGGCUCAGGGGGAAGACGCUUCUGUCCAGAGGAAUAUGGCAUAUUCAGGACAGCGAGGAACGACAUUGCAGCUCAUAACAGGUGCUCCGCUUAAACCAAAAACAAAGUACGCGUUGCCUAGUUCAGCAGAUGGUUGAAGCUUUGUACAUGUA